AUGGGGCUAAGAGCGGCCAGCCUCUUCCUCCUCUGGCUGGCUCUCUCCUCUGCUAGUGAAAUAAGAAAAGGAAGGACAAGAAGCCAUGGCCACUAUGUCUGCAGCACUUGGGGAAACAACCAUUUCAAGACUUUUGAUGGAGAUGUCUACCAAUUCCCUGGCCUUUGCGAGUAUAAUUUUGUUUCCGACUGCCGAGAGGCUUACAAGGAGUUCUCUGUCCACAUCCAGCGUGCUCUCGACAGCAAUGGCCAUCCUGAGAUCCAGUAUAUUCUGAUGAAGAUCAAGGAUAUAAUGGUCUACCUCAAACCCAACCUGGUUGUGGUGGAUGGGCGGAUUGUGAAGACACCUUACUACUCCUCUGGUGUCCUCAUUGAGAGCAAUGAAAUUUACACCAAGAUUUAUGCCAAAUUAGGCAUGGUUCUGAUGUGGAACCAGCAGGAUGCCCUGAUGGUGGAGCUGGACAACAAAUUUAAUAACCAUACCUGUGGUCUCUGUGGGGAUUACAAUGGCAUUCAAAUCUACAAUGAGUUCAUCAAGGGAGAUGCAAGCUACAAUUCAAUUACAUAUGGGAAUAUGCAGAAGAUCAGCAAACCCAAUUCCAAAUGUGAAGAUCCAGAUGAAACUCAGGCUCUUCCAAGCUGUAAUGAGCAUCGUGACGAGUGUCAGAAGUUGCUGACCUCCUCUGCAUUUGCUGAUUGUCGGCUGCGUCUUAAUUUGGAGAUGUACAUCCAAGCGUGCAUGCAGGACAAGUGUGCCUGCAAUGGGAAGGACGACUCCUUCUGCCUCUGCAGCACCAUCUCCGAGUAUUCCCGCCAGUGCUCGCACGCAGGCGGCCGCCCGGGAGAAUGGAGGACACAGAGCUUCUGCCCCAAGACCUGUCCUGCUACCAUGGUCUAUAGAGAAAGCAGCUCACCCUGCAUGGAUACUUGCUCACACUUGCAGAUCAGCAGCCUUUGUGAGGAGCACUACAUGGAUGGCUGUUUCUGCCCUGAAGGAACUGUGUAUGAUGAUAUCAGUGAAAAAGGCUGCAUCCCUGUUAGCCAGUGCUACUGCAAACUUGGUGGAAAGAGUUAUGCACCUGGAGAAAGCAUUUCCAAAGAAUGUGAAGAAUGCACCUGCAAUUCAGGCAGAUGGACCUGCAAAGAUCUACCGUGCCCAGGCACAUGCUCAGUGGAAGGAGGUUCCCAUUUUACCACCUUUGAUGGGAAGAAAUACACCUUCCAUGGAGACUGCUACUAUGUGUUGGCCAAGGGUACUGCAAAUGAGAGUUAUGCUCUCCUGGCAGAACUGGCUCCCUGUGGCUCCACAGACAAACAGACCUGCUUGAAGACUGUUGUGCUGUUAGUGGAUAACAAAAAGAAUGUGGUGGUUUUCAGAUCAGAUGGCAGCGUGCUCCUGAACGAGAUGACAGUGAAUGUGCCUCAUGUGUCAACCAGCUUCUCAGUAUUCAAGCCGUCUUCCAACUACUUUGUUGUACAAACUCCAUUUGGGCUUCAGAUGCAGAUCCAGCUGUUCCGAGUCAUGCAGCUGUUUGUGACUGUGGAUCAGUCAGUUAAAGGAAAACUUCAAGGUCUUUGUGGAAACUUCAAUGGAAUGGAAGGUGAUGACUUUAGAACAACCAGUGGGCUGAUUGAGGCUACAGGAUCUGCCUUUGCUAACACAUGGAAAGCUCAGUCCACCUGCGCAGACCAGGUAGAAAAGCUGGAAGAUCCCUGCAGUCUCAGCAUUGAAAGUGCAAAUUAUGCUGAGCAUUGGUGCUCUUUGCUGAGAAACCCAAAGGGUCCUUUUGCAAGAUGUCACAUAGCCGUUGAUCCUUCAGAAUACUAUAAGAAAUGUAAAUAUGACACCUGCCUCUGUGAAGACAAUGAAGAAUGUUUGUGUGCUGCCCUGUCCUCUUACUCAAGAGCCUGUGCUUUCAAAGGGAUCAUACUGGGAGACUGGAGAAAGAGUGUUUGCAGUAAUGAAGCAUCUUCCUGCCCAGGAAAUCAAGUCUUCCUUUACAACCUUACAAUGUGCCAGCAAACCUGUCGCUCCCUUGCUGAUGGUGAAAAGUAUUGCUUGCAAGACUUUGCCCCUGUGGAUGGCUGUGGCUGCCCAUCCAAUACAUACUUGGAUAACCAGGAUAACUGUGUUCCCAUCUCCCAGUGCCCAUGUUAUUACAAGGGAUCAUACCUGGAACCUGGGGAGUAUUUCACAAAAGAUGGAGAACGCUGUGUUUGCCGAAAUGCAAAGAUCCAGUGCACUUCAGUGAAAUUAAGAAUGAGAAGUGAAACAGAAUGUUCUUCUAACAAGACAUACUUUGACUGCAAUGCAUUCUCGAAGUGGACUUCCCAAACACCUCUACAACUUAGCUGUCAUACUCCUCAAACCGAUCACUUCCAGACAGAGUGUGUCUCAGGCUGUGUGUGCCCUGAAGGUCUGUUUGAUGAUGGCAGAGGGGGCUGUGUCGAGCAAAAAGAUUGCCCAUGCAUUCACAACAAUGAGUGGUAUCAUUCUGGAGGCAAGAUAAAAGUGGACUGCAACACCUGCACCUGCCAGAAAGGGGUUUGGAAAUGCACUGAGGACGUGUGCUAUGGGACUUGUAUGAUAUAUGGAAGCGGCCAUUAUAACACUUUUGAUGGGAAAUUCUAUGACUUUGAUGGGAGCUGUGAAUAUGUGGCUACUCAGGACUUCUGCGGUGACAAAAAUUCCAGUGGCUCAUUCAGUAUCAUCACAGAGAAUGUUCCUUGUGGAACUACAGGAGUCACCUGCUCAAAGGCUAUCAAAAUGUUCCUAGGGAAAACUGAGCUGAAAUUGGAGAACAAAGAGUACAAAGAAAUUCAGCGAGAUGUUGGUGAUGAUGUGCAGUAUUGGAACAGGACAGUCGGCCUGUACCUGGUUAUUGAGGCUAGCAAUGGUGUGAUGCUGAUCUGGGACAAGAAGACUACUGUUUUCAUCAAGCUGAGCCCUGAUUACAAGGGUAAAGUGUGUGGUCUGUGUGGCAACUUUGAUGACAAGGCAAACAAUGAUUUUACAACAAGGAGUGGACUGCAGGACAAUAAUCCUCUGAAUUUUGGAAAUUCCUGGAAACAAUCUCCCAUGUGCCCAGAUGUCACAGAAGAGAUUAAGCCCUGUGAUCUGAAACCACACCGGAAGUCUUGGGCAGAGAAAGAAUGCAGCAUCAUCCAGAGUGAAGUCUUCAAAAUUUGUCACUCCAAGGUGGACCCACUUCCUUACUAUGAGGCUUGUGUUCAUGAUGCCUGCUCCUGUGACAGCGGUGGGGACUGCGAGUGCUUCUGCUCUGCAGUUGCAGCGUAUGCCCAAGAGUGCAUCAAGGCUGAGGCCUGUGUUUUCUGGAGAACUCCUGAUAUCUGCCCGAUAUUCUGUGACUACUACAACCCUCGCAAUGAGUGUGACUGGCACUAUGAGCCUUGUGGCAGUAAUAUCACAACCUGCAGGAUGAUCAACAAUGUCAGCACCAACUUUACAGUACCAUUACUGGAAGGUUGCUACCCCAGAUGCCCUAAGGACAAGCCUAUUUACAAUGAAGACACAAAGCAAUGUGUGACUGGAGAUCAAUGUGGAUGUUACCUCGAGGAUGGAACCUAUGUGCCCCCUUGGCAAGAAGUACCCACAGAGGAAAACUGUACAACAUGUAUCUGUGUCCCAUCAGGAUCCAUAGAGUGUAAACCGGUCCCAGGAUGUCCUUGUGUCAUCAAUGGAACGAGUUAUGAAGAGGGUGCUACUGUGGGAGUCGUACAGGACGGUGACACAUGUAUAAGAUACAUUUGUGCAGAAAAUGGCUCUGUAGUUCCUGGUGAAGUCUAUCCCUGUCCAACAUCUUCACCUACAACCAUUUCAACCUCCUCCCCUCACAGUACUCUUACCACCACCACCACAGUUUCCACCACAAGCCACCCAGUCACUACAACUCCAUGCGUAGUCACAGAACUAAUCUGUGAUUGGACAGAGUGGUUUGAUGUUAGUAAACCUGAAGAAGGUGGUGGUGACUAUGAAACAUAUGAUGAAAUAAGAAAACAUGGAAACAAAAUAUGUACAGCUCCUGAAGAAAUUGAAUGCAGGGCUAAGGAUAAACCUGAUGUGAGCUUAGAAGAACUUGGUCAGAAAGUAGAGUGCAAUGUUAAAUAUGGGCUAAUCUGUAAAAAUGAUGAGCAAGAUGUAACUAUGUGGCCACUUUGCUAUAAUUAUGAAAUCAGAGUAAACUGUUGUGAGUGGCAAGAAAUUCCUUGUGAGCAUACAACUACACCUACUAUACCUUCAACUUCAACCACCACCCAGACAACAAUAGCCAGCACCACUACAACCAGGACUUCAACAGAAAUUACCACCCCGCCCAUAGACAUCCAUUCCACAACAUCCCCAUCUCCACCCACACCGAGCACACCACAAUCGACAACACCUCCAACGCCGCCAGAGACUCUCACCACCACCACCAGCACCCCAACAACAACCACCACUACUACUGAAUCAACAAAGCCCACCUCAACUACUUCAAGCACAUCCUCACCAACACCAACAUACACCACCACCACACCAACUCCAGGCACACCAAGCACAGCAUCGCCUACAUCGGAAUGGACAACCACUUCUACGUCAACAGAGACUCUCAGCAGCACCACGACCACCACCAGCACCAGCAGCAGCACCACCACCAGCAGUGCACCGACGACAACAACAACAACUGUUACACCAACCAUCCAAACUCCUGAACCGUGUGAGUGCAUCUGGACAGACUGGAUUGAUGUGACUUACCCAGAUGGUUCUGACAGGAAUGGUGGUGACUACGAAACCUUUGAGAACAUUUGGAAGAAAUACCCCUCCUGGGAGUGUGCAAAAGUUGAGAAUAUUUCAUGUCGAGCACAGAAAUUCCCUAGCAUUUCCAUUGCAGAUUUAGGGCAGAAAGUGGAAUGUAAUGUUAACGUAGGGCUCAUUUGUAACAAUAAAGAUCAGCAGAUAGGAGGUAUAAUACCGAUGCCAGUCUGCCUCAACUAUGAGAUCAGUGUCUGCUGCACCCCCAACAAACCAGAGUGUCUUCCAACUCCAAGCACCACGAGCACCACAACUUCCACAGCUUCCACCACAACGAGCAGUGUGUCCCCUCCAAUAUCAACCACCACUCCAACAUCAGUGGAGACUACCACCACCACCACCACCAGUGUGCCCCCCAGCAGCACCACCACUAGUGGCAGCACCUCAGAGACAACAAGAACUGCUCCUGUCUCAACAACACCCGUUUCAACUACUUCAAGCACAUCCACGCCCACACCAACCUACACCACAACCACCUCACCAACUCCAGGCACACCUCCAUCUACACCAAGCACAGCAUCCCCUACAGAAGAAUUGCCCACCACGUCCCCAGAGACUUCCAGCAGCACCACCACCACCCCCAGCACCAGCACCCCAGCAACAACAACCACUCUUAUUGGAUCACCAACACCCACCUCAACUACUUCAAGCACAUCUUCACCACCACCAACAUACACCACCUCCUUAUCAACUCCAGGUGCUUUUAAGCACACCUCCACCCACACCAAGCACACCACAAUCGACAACCUCUCCCUCGACACCGGAGACUCUCACCACCACCACCAGCCCUCCAACCACAACCACAACCACAGCAAGAACACCAACGGUUACUGGAUCUUCAAUGACCACAUCAAGUCCUGGAAGCACACCUCCACCCACACCAAGCACACCACAAUCGACAACCUCUCCCUCGACACCGGAGACUCUCACCACCACCACCAGCCCUCCAACCACAACCACAACCACAACAAGAACACCAACGGUUACUGGAUCUUCAAUGACCACAUCAAGUCCUGGAAGCACACCUCCACCCACACCAAGCACACCACAAUCGACAACCUCUCCCUCGACACCGGAGACUCUCACCACCACCACAGCCCCCAACCACAACCACACACAACAAGAACACCACGCACACCUCCACCCACACCAAGCACACCACAAUCGACAGCCUCUCCCUCGACACCGGAGACUCUCACCACCACCACGGCCAGUACCACGAUGCCCCCCAGCAGCACCACCAGCAUCAGCACGCCGAGCACAACAACUGUUACUGUAUCACCAACACCCACCUCAACUACUCCAGGCACAUCCACACCCACACCAACAUACACCAGCACCACAUCAAUUCCAGGCACAGAAAGCACAUCCACACUGAGCACGCCAAAAUCAACAACCACUACCUCGCCAACUGAGACUCCCACCACCACCACCAGCCCUCCAACCACAACCACUGGUCCUGGAUCAACAACAACCAUCUCAACUCCUCAAACCCCACCUACGAAGACACCGAGCCCACCAGAAACGCCAAGUACUCCCACUCCAACAGCAUCUGAAACUCCCAACAUCACUUCCAGCACCACGAUGCCCCCCAGCAGCACCACCAGCAUCAGCACCCACAAGACAACAACAACAACUGUUACUGGCUCAUCAACAACCUUCUCAACUACUUCAAGCACACCUACACCCAUAUGGGAAUGGACAACCACUUCCACGUCAACGGAGACCCUCAGCAGCACCACGACCACCACCAGCACCAGCACCAGCAGCAGCACCACCACCAGCAGUGCACCGACGACAACAACAACAACUGUUACACCAACCAUCCAAACUCCUGAACCGUGUGAGUGCAUCUGGACAGACUGGAUUGAUGUGACUUACCCAGAUGGUUCUGACAGGAAUGGUGGUGACUACGAAACCUUUGAGAACAUUUGGAAGAAAUACCCCUCCUGGGAGUGUGCAAAAGUUGAGAAUAUUUCAUGUCGAGCACAGAAAUUCCCUAGCAUUUCCAUUGCAGAUUUAGGGCAGAAAGUGGAAUGUAAUGUUAACGUAGGGCUCAUUUGUAACAAUAAAGAUCAGCAGAUAGGAGGUAUAAUACCGAUGCCAGUCUGCCUCAACUAUGAGAUCAGUGUCUGCUGCACCCCCAACAAACCAGAGUGUCUUCCAACUCCAAGCACCACGAGCACCACAACUUCCACAGCUUCCACCACAACGAGCAGUGUGUCCCCUCCAAUAUCAACCACCACUCCAACAUCAGUGGAGACUACCACCACCACCACCACCAGUGUGCCCCCCAGCAGCACCACCACUAGUGGCAGCACCUCAGAGACAACAAGAACUGCUCCUGUCUCAACAACACCCGUUUCAACUACUUCAAGCACAUCCACGCCCACACCAACCUACACCACAACCACCUCACCAACUCCAGGCACACCUCCAUCUACACCAAGCACAGCAUCCCCUACAGAAGAAUUGCCCACCACGUCCCCAGAGACUUCCAGCAGCACCACCACCACCCCCAGCACCAGCACCCCAGCAACAACAACCACUCUUAUUGGAUCACCAACACCCACCUCAACUACUUCAAGCACAUCUUCACCACCACCAACAUACACCACCUCCUUAUCAACUCCAGGCACACCUCCAUCCACACUGAGCACACCAAAAUCAACAACCACUACCUUGCCACCGGAGACUCCCACCACCACCACCACCAGCCCUCCAAGGACCACAACCACUGUUCCUGGAUCAACAACAACCAUCUCAACUCCUCAAAGCACAGAAAGCACAUCCACACUGAGCACGCCAAAAUCGACAACCACUACCUCGCCAACUGAGACUCCCACCACCACCACCAGCCCUCCAACCACAACCACUGGUCCUGGAUCAACAACAACCAUCUCAACUCCUCAAACCCCAUCUCCACCCACACCGAGCACACCACAAUCGACAACCUCUCCUACGUCACCAGAGACUCUCACCACCACCAUCAGCACCCCGACAACAACCACCACUACUACUGGAUCAACAAAGCCCACCUCAACUACUUCAAGCACAUCCUCACCAACACCAACAUAUACCACCACCACACCAACUCCAGUCCCACCUUCCUCCACAACGAGCACACCAAAAUCAACGACGACUCUGCCACCAGAGACUCCCACCUCCGCCACCAGCGCUCUGAGCACAACCACCACUGCCACUGGAUCAACAACACCCACCUCAACUACUUCAAGCACAUCCUCACCAACACCAACAUACACCACCACCACACCAACUCCAGGCACACCUCCAUCCACACUGAGCACGCCAAAAUCAACAACCUCUCCCUCGACACCGGAGACUCUCACCACCACCACCAGCCCUCCAAGCACCACAACCACUGUUCCAACUACCACCACAACUCCUGAAAAUAUUAGCACCAGAACCCCUAACCCGUCGGCUCCACCCACUGAAGCAAUAAAGACACCUGAACCAGAGACGCCGACAACAACAAGCAUUCCAGUUACUCCUUCAGUUACCCCACUGCCAACAACAAGAACGACAGAAAUAAGUACCGUGUCUAUUGCAAGCACCACUAGUCAACAGUCAACAUCACCAGUGUCAACAAGCCCAGUGACAGCUACCACAUCUGAAGCCACUGGAACAGGAUCAACCACCAAGACCACCACUUCAGGCCCCACACCCUCAAGUUCCACCAGCACCACACUAGUAACAGAAACUCCUACCCAGGAGACCACUACCACCAGGACGUCAAGCCCUCCAACAGGAUUACCUACCACCACUUCCAGCCCUGGCACCACCACAACCUCGGGACCAAGCAGCCCUACAGCAACACAGCCGCCAAUAUCAACAACCCCAUUCACUGGAACAGGAUCAACCACCAAGACCACCACUUCAGGCCCCACACCCUCAAGUUCCACCAGCACCACACCAGUAACAGAAACUCCUACCCAGGAGACCACUACCAGCAGGACGUCAAGCCCUCCAACAGGAUUACCUACCACCACUUCCAGCCCUGGCACCACCACAACCUCGGGACCAAGCAGCCCUACAGCAACACAGCCACCAAUAUCGACAACCCCAUUCACUGGAACAGGAUCAACCACCAAGACCACCACUUCAGGUCCCACACCCUCAAGUUCCACCAGCACCACACCAGUAACAGAAACUCCUACCCAGGAGACCACUACCAGCAGGACGUCAAGCCCUCCAACAGGAUUACCUACCACCACUUCCAGCCCUGGCACCACCACAACCUCGGGACCAAGCAGCCCUACAGCAACACAGCCACCAAUAUCGACAACCCCAUUCACUGGAACAGGAUCAACCACCAAGACCACCACUUCAGGUCCCACACCCUCAAGUUCCACCAGCACCACACCAGUAACAGAAACUCCUACCCAGGAGACCACUACCAGCAGGACGUCAAGCCCUCCAACAGGAUUACCUACCACCACUUCCAGCCCUGGCACCACCACAACCUCGGGACCAAGCAGCCCUACAGCAACACAGCCGCCAAUAUCAACAACCCCAUUCACUGGAACAGGAUCAACCACCAAGACCACCACUUCAGGUCCCACACCCUCAAGUUCCACCAGCACCACACCAGUAACAGAAACUCCUACCCAUGAGACCACUACCACCAGGACGUCAAGCCCUCCAACAGGAUUACCUACCACCACUUCCAGCCCUGGCACCACCACAACCUCGGGACCAAGCAGCCCUACAGCAACACAGCCGCCAAUAUCAACAACCCCAUUCACUGGAACAGGAUCAACCACCAAGACCACCACUUCAGGUCCCACACCCUCAAGUUCCACCAGCACCACACCAGUAACAGAAACUCCUACCCAGGAGACCACUACCACCAGGACGUCAAGCCCUCCAACAGGAUUACCUACCACCACUUCCAGCCCUGGCACAACCACAACCUCGGGACCAAGCAGCUCUACAGCAACACAGCCGCCAAUAUCGACAACCCCAUUCACUGGAACAGGAUCAACCACCAAGACCACCACUUCAGGCCCCACACCCCCAGUGUCCACUCCCCCUACCACCACAGCAGGAACAGAAAUAAGUACUCCAACCACAACCUCUGCAACUGUUACGACUCCAACAUCACCUACAUCAACCAGCCCCGUGUCAACCACUACCGCUGGUACUACUCCAACAGAGAGCUUUACCACCACUUCAGGAACCACCUCUAGUAGUUCUAUCACAAUCAAUGCUACAACCACCAUCUCCACAACCUUCAAAACCCUGCCACCUGUCUCAACUACUACAUCUGGGCCUACUGCAACAUCAACUGCAGUCACCACUACAGGAAGUUCUACACACAGUGCAACUCCUCCAGUUAAUGGGUCAACUACAGGUCUAACACCAACCACUCCCAAAAAAACUUGUACUAUUUUCCCUAAUGAAACUUAUGAGCAAGGUGACUCGUGGAUGCUCUGUAACUGCACUAAGGUUAUAUGUAUAGAAGACAACAUUGUCCAGGUGAUUCCAAUAAUCUGCAAUCCACCCCCGAAACCCACGUGUUCCAAUGGACUGUCUCCUGUGCCAGUCAUGGAUGAGGAUGGAUGCUGUUGGCAUUGGGAGUGUGAUUGCUACUGCACUGGCUGGGGAGAUCCACACUACAUGACUUUUGAUGGACUGUACUACAGCUAUCAAGGGAAUUGUACAUAUGUCCUUGUGGAAGAGAUCAAUAAGAAAGUUGACAACUUUGGUGUCUACAUUGAUAACUACCAUUGUGAUGCACGGGAUGUAGUGUCCUGUCCUCGAACGCUCAUUGUGAGACAUGAGACUCAGGAAGUGAGGCUAACAACAGCACAACCAAAUACUCUACAAGUAGAGGUGACUGUAAACAACCAGCUCGUGGCUUUGCCUUACAAGAAGUUUGGUGUGAGCAUCUAUGAGUCAGGCAUAAAUAGUGUUGUGGAAAUUCCUGAGCUGAAAAUGAAUGUGACCUACAAUGGCUUGUCCUUUUCUAUCAGAAUGCCCUACAGCCUGUUUGGCAACAAUACCCAGGGACAGUGUGGUACUUGCAAUAACAACACGGCAGAUGACUGCAUGCUGCCAAAUGGAAACAUUGUAGAAAACUGUGAAACCAUGGCAGAUCAUUGGCAAGUUGUUGAUCCUUCCAAACCACAGUGCUCUCCAGGCCUAGUUCCUACAGGUUCACCUAGCACAACACCAACACAGCCUUGCAAAGAAUCGUCCAUCUGCGAGCUUAUUUUGGGAAGUGUGUUCAAGCCAUGCCAUGCAUUUGUCCAGCCUGAGAAGUACUAUGCAGCCUGCGUUUUUGAUAGCUGUGUACUUCCCAACCUAGACCUGGAAUGCUCAAGUCUGCAGAUCUAUGCUGCCACCUGUGCUGAUCAAGGGGCGUGCAUUGACUGGAGAAAACACACCAAUGGUGUAUGCUGUAAGUAUGAAUGUCCUCCAGGUAAAGAAUAUAGAGCAUGUGGUCCUAUUAAAGAGACGACCUGCAAAUCAAGAGGACAGAAUGAGACAUCAACUAAACAAGUGGAAGGCUGUUUCUGCCCUAAUGGAACCAUGCUGUAUGACUCUGGUGUGGAUGUCUGCGUGAAAACCUGUGGCUGUGUUGGAGUGGAUAUGGUAUCAAGAGAGUUUGGAGAAAAGUUUACAGUGGACUGUAAGGACUGUAUUUGCCUGGAAGGUGAACAUGGCAUUGUAUGUGAGCCUCAUGUAUGUGAUCAAAAGAAGGUCACUUGUGAAGGAGAAGGCUUCUAUGAAGUCACUGAAGUCAAUCCUAAAGACUCCUGCUGCCCUCUUUUCACUUGCAAAUGCAAUACAAGCUUGUGCACAGCUAAAGCCCCCAAGUGCUCACUGGGAUUUGAAGUUCAUUCUUAUAUUCCCAGUGGUCAGUGCUGUCCUGUAUACCAAUGUGUUCCCAAGGGGGUUUGCGUACAUGAGAAUGCUGAGUUCUUGCCCAACUCCUCAGUCUUUGUUGACAAGUGCCAGAAUUGUGUCUGCACAAAUGAUGUUAACGUCAGCACUCAACUGAAUAUAAUCUCCUGUGAACGUGUCCCCUGCAACACAUACUGUCAACCAGGAUAUGAACUUAAACCAGUGAAAGGCGAAUGCUGUGGAAAAUGUGUGCAGACCAAGUGUAUUAUAAAGACAUCAGACAAUUCUGAACUCAUCUUGAGUCCUGGAGACUUUAAAAAUGAUCCUCACAACAACUGCACCAUUUAUAGCUGUGUAGAUGUCCAUGACCAGCUUAUUGCUUCCACAUCUGAGAUUACCUGUCCAGCAUUCAAUGAAGACAGCUGCAAACCUGGAACUAUUUCAUUCUUACCUAAUGGUUGUUGCAGAACAUGUGCCCCUCUGGACAGCAGCACACCGUGCUCUGUGCGCCACAGAAAGGACUUUAUUGUCUACAAUGGCUGCCGCUCCGUGGACAGAGUUGACAUGACUGAAUGUGAAGGAACAUGUGGAACCUUCUCGCUAUACUCUGCUGAGGCCAAUUCCAUGGACCACAGCUGCUCCUGCUGCAGAGAAACAAGCACCACUGAGAAGUACGUGGUUCUGAAAUGCCCUGGUGGGCACGCAGUGUCACACAAGUACAUCUACGUGGAGAGCUGCAGCUGUCAAGACACUGAAUGCCAGAGGCCAGAGUCCAAUGAGCUGCAGAACAAUGAAGUAAAUGACAAGACCACCGCCCUGAACAGGAUCAAGAGAGCCAUCAGCUUAACAUCAAAAUGA